AUGCUAGCAAUUAAAGAAAAUAAAAGACACAACUUAGUAAGUCAGUUAGGACUCAUUUUAGACCAGGAAAAUGUGAUCAGGUGUAUUGGUAGAUUAGGAGCUGCUCAACUGUCAGAAGGGGCAAAAACACCAAUAUUACUUCCAAAGAAAAACAAAGUUACUGAACUGUUAAUUGAAAGCAUGCACAGAAAAAACUUUCAUGUUGGUGUCUCACAAACUUUAUCAGCGAUGCGUCAAACAUACUGGAUUCCACAAGGACGUUCAGAAGUAAAAAGAGUUUUGAGAAAAUGUACAAUCUGCAAACGGUGUGAAGGCGGACCAUAUAAAAUGCCAUUAAUGCCUCCACUUCCAAAGAAACGAGUAAACGAGUCAGCCCCAUUUACAUAUACAGGAGUAGACUAUUUUGGACCAAUUUUUGUGAAAUCAGACACUGGAAGCAAAAAAGUAUGGGUUUGCUUAUAUACAUGUCUAGUGGUUAGAGCCAUACAUAUGGAAUUAAUGCAAGACAUGUCAGCAGAGGAGUUCUUACUAGGCUUUCGAAGGUUCAUUGAUUGCUGGGGUAACCCAAAACAAAUUAUUUCAGAUAACGGAUCCCAGUUCAAGUUAGCUAGCAAUACCUUAGAAGAAGCAUGGAAUGGUGUAACAGUGAAUUCAGAUGUGCAAACAUACAUGGCAAAUGAAGGAAUUCAGUGGCAAUUCAUUGUUGAGUUAGCACCUUGGAUGGGUGGAUUUUAUGAAAGAUUAAUUGGUAUUGUAAAAAGAUGUUUACGGAAAACAAUUGGAAAGUUAUGUCUAACAAAUGAACAAUUUAGAACUCUCUUAGCUGAAUCUGAAGCAGUGGUGAAUUCAAGACCACUGGUAUAUAUUGGAGAUGACAUAAAUUCUAAUAUUAUUCUUACACCAGCACACUUUCUAACUCUGAACCCUAAAACAGGAUUUCCAGAUCAAAACGAAGAAGAUUCUACAGAUCCAGAAUACUUACCGCAAAUCAGUAGUGCUAAAAAAUUGCUAUUGACAUGGAAGAAAGGACAGAAACAUCUAAAUAUGUUUUGGAAAACAUGGAGAGAUGAGUAUCUCCUUAGUCUACGUGAAAGAACUGCCAACAAACUAAGGAGUGGAAGAAUUCAGAGCAAAACUCCAGCUAAGGUUGGUGAUAUAGUGUUAAUUAAGGAAAACCUUCCACGAGGAAGUUGGAAAAUUGGCCGUAUAUGUCAAUUAGUAGUCAGUAGAGAUGGACAAAUAAGAUCUGGAAAAGUUAUGCUACCUAAUAAAAAGACAUUAAACAGAGCUCUGAAUAUGCUUUAUCCUAUAGAAUGUGAAGAGUUAGAUGAGGGCUUAAAAAACUCAGAUACGGAAAAGGAUACUGAGUUGAUAAAUGACAAAACUAAAACUACACGAGAGAGAACACAAAGACAAGCAGCCCGAACAGCAAUGAAGAAGAUACAAGAACAGUUGGAAUCAUGA